CUCGCUCACAGGACAGUCACUUGCCUGGGAAGCCAGAUAUUAUUGCAGCCUCAUACACCGCCCUUCCCUACUGCUUCCUGAGAUUUGAGAGCUCGGGCGCCAGAUCUGAAACCUCUUGUGUUGUGCCUUUGGUAGUUCGGUGUAGCAUUGAGCUAGCAGAGGUGCUGUUCUAGUUCCAGGAUGAGCAAGGAGGAUGUCCUCAAGACAUUGAUGCUGAGAGUGAACAUACACUGUGACGGGUGCGAGAAGAAGGUCAAGAAGACCCUCCACAAGAUCGACGGUGUCUACCAGAGCAGCAUCGACGCGGAACAGGGCAAGGUGACGGUGUCCGGUUUGCUGGAUCCGGACACCAUCAUCAGGAAGCUCAACAAGGCCGGCAAGCCGGCUCAGCUGUGGGGUUCCAAGCCCGGCAUCCCUCAGAACGCCUACCAUGGCGGCGGCAAGGCCCAUUCCAAGGAGGCUGGCGGCGGCAAGGCCCAUUCCAAGGACUCCGGAGGUGGCAAGGGCCAUUCCAAGGAUGCCGGCGGCGGCAAGGCCCAGAAGGGCGGUGCGGGUGGCGGCGGUCACAAGGGCCCUGGCGGUGGCGGUGGCGGAGGCGGUGGCGUGGGCAAUCCUAAGAUGGUGAUGCCGCAGCCGACGCCGCAGCAGCUCCAGCAGCUGCAGCAGCAGCUGCAGAUGAAGGGGCUGAAGCUUCCGCCGCACCUGUUGGGCGGCAAUAUGCCGGCGUUCCCCGCGGCUGCGCCGAUGAAGGACCCCAAGUCCGUCAAGUUUGCCCUCCCCGAGGACAACUUCGACGACUACGGCAGCGAGUUCGACGAUGACUUCGACGACGGCUUCGACGACGACGAGGACGACUACGACGACGACGGCCUGGACGACGACGUCUACGGCGACCCCAAGAUGAUGAUGAAGCCCAUGGCUGUGCCGCCGCCGGCCGGCGGGGGCGACAAGAAGGGCGGUGGCGGCAAGAAGGGUGGUGGUGGGGGGAACGAGAUCCCGGUGCAGAUCAAGGGAAACAACCACGGCGGUGCCGGUGGGCAGCCGCACAAUGCAAAGGGAGGCGCCCCGGGAGGCGGGGCCCACCUGGGCCAGGGGAAGAAGGGCGGCGGCAGCGCCGCCGCCGUCGGUGUCGGUGGCCCGAUGGGCGGAAUGCUGCCUCAACAAGGCAUGAUGAGGCCUCCUAACAUUCUUGGUGGUGCUGGUGCCGGCUUCCCCAGCACGGCCCAGAUGGGCGGCGGACCUAUGGGCAUGCCGGUUGGCCACCCGCACAUGGGUAUUAUGCAGCAGAGCGGCGGUGGCGGUUGCGGAGCUGGCGGCAUGCCGGGCCUGGGGUUCCACCCGGGAUUGGGCGGCGGAAUGCAUUCUGGGGCGGAUAUGCUUCAGGCCGCCGCGGCAUCCGGGAACCCCGUGGCGCAGCAGCAGUACAUGGCCUUGAUGCAGCAGCAGCAGCAGCAGAUGAUGAUGAUGCAGCAGCAGCAACAGCAGCACGGGAACGGCGGUGCAGGAUACCCGGCGGCAAUGGGCUACGGCUAUGGCCGGCCACCGAUGCAUUACCCAAUGGGCUACCCAGUGCUGCCCCCGCACUCGCAUGCUGAGCCUUACAACAUCUUCAGCGACGAGAACGCCAACAGCUGCUCACUGAUGUGAUCAGCAAUUCCGCAUGGAAUGGCCCUGUUCCAAGUAAACCAUCUCAAGGAGCUCAAUGUCACCGCUGAUCACCGACAGACAUCGCCAUGGUUGAAGCGCCGUGAAUCAAUCAACAAUCAGUAUGCUUGGGGAUGAGUCCUAGCUAGAACCCUGUCCCUUUCCUGCUCCUUCCCCCCCUUUCUCUAGCUUAUUUUCGCCUUGCUUUUAAAAAAAAAGGAACUUCCUUGAAUGCGAAGUUAGGUAUAGUAAUUAUGAGGUUUCCAUAAGGGAGGGGAGGAGAGAGGAGACGAUAGGGACUUCGUACGGGGUCGUUCGCUUGUGGGUUCUUCUUCCCUCCUGGCUUCAUAAAGGUGGACUAAUGGUAG